CUACUACUGCUGUUGUCCGCCAACCAACACCUUGUGGCGAUAUCACCUAAUCAGAUCUACGUAGCAGUACUACUAAUAAGUUCAAUUUAUGCGCCUAAAAGAACUCAAAAGGCUUUUAUAUACCUCCCCCAAUCGACGAGCUUCCUCCAUAAACGGGAGAUUUUUCAACUGCCAAAUCAAAGCGUUACAGUCCACAAUCAUAACCAACCAUGUCCCAGCCAUCUGUUUCUACCGAUAGCGCCCAAGCAUGGAAUGGCCCUCUUUUAGAUGGUGACCACCAAAGCCUUACCGCUCUUCUUCAGCCGUUGACGUCUGUCGACGUAUCAUCAUCCUCAGCUUCAUCCUAUCUCGAUCAUCUCCAAUCUUUACCCUUGCCCGAACUGUUACGCCAACCUUCUCUCAUUUCAAUCGAAACUUCUACAGUCGAGUCCGAUCUCACCAACCUUUGCUUUCGAGAGUAUCCGACAUUCAUAUCUGUCCACAAAUGCUCGUCCGCCGUAAAGUCAGCAUUUGAUGAUUUCUCGGACUCAUUGGAGAAACUUAUAGGUUCCGUGCCGGCCCUAGAGGAUGAGUGUCAGACAUUCUCUUCGAGCACGAGUAAAAUACAGCGCAUUCGCAAUAAAGCGUCUCUGGUUCAAGAACACCAAGACAAGCUAUUGGAUCUCCUCGAGAUUCCCCAGCUUAUGGAGACCUGUGUGCGAAAUGGAUAUUAUCAGGAGGCGAUGGAACUUCUGGACCAUUCAAGAACUAUCAGCCAGAGAUAUAAGGAUGUCGUUCUAGUGCAGGAUGUUGUUAGGGAAGUCGAGGGAGUUCUACAGCUCAUGUUGACCCAGUUGCUUUCGCUCCUGAGAGAACCUAUCAAGUUGCCCCCUUUAAUAAAAACUGUGACUUUCCUACGACGCCUCCACGCUCUUGAUGAGAAUGAGCUUGCCCUGGUUUUCAUCUCUAGCCGAUACCGCAACUUCAGGGCCCAGCUGGCAUACAUAGAACGGGACAAGGCCGAUCCUGUUCGAUAUCUACGACGAUAUGUCGACUUAUUUCGUGAGCACGUGUACGAUCUAAUAGCUCAGUUUACGACAAUAUUCCUCGAUUCUCCAAGCACCGCCACCCAUAUUGCUUCCUUUGCCAGUCAAGCCGUCUCUGAGCUUGUUAACCUGGUCCAGACCUAUGUCCCUCAGCUAUCCACAGAUGCUGCAUCUAUGUCAUCGAUCCUGAUACAGCUAGGUUACUGUGCUAUGUCGUUCACCCGCGUUGGAUUGGAUUUUGCGCCUUUAAUCGCUGAGCCGUUUGCCGCCACCUCUUUCUCCGCCUUCUCCCACGAGAUUUCCACCGCCUCCAAGGAGCUCCAAGAACUUCUAGAGGAGUCGUCCAAGCUUCUUCGACCGCCUUCCCAAAUUCUGAUCACGGCGGACCACCUUUCUCGUGUAUUGACGGCCGAAACAUCUCCCCCCAACCUUCCCGCCUCCAUUGACGCUGUCAGAAGUUUUCCUCCACUCGCCGCUCUCGUGAACGCUCAUCUCAAUGCUCUAAACAGCCUUCGGCUCCUUGCGCCGCUGAGUCUUCGGUCACAAAUAUACACCUUUCACUCGACAUCAUUAGCGUCCGAUUCUGUGACAUUACUCCAGUAUUUCUUCUUACGCUCAGAAGAGUCAGUUGAUCGCUUGCAAGGAGGUAACAGAGAACGGUCUUCUCAUACGCGAACCCCGUCCGCACCUCGCGUUGAUCUUUUGCGCCGUAAUUCUGAGGUUCAAAUGACUCCAGAAGCAAGGGCGACCAAAAAGAAAACGGCGAAACGCACGUGUAUCGCUGCGGCAGAUAUGUGGUGCAAUAUUGUGGUACCGUUUUUGGUGGAAAGGUUAGCCCAGGGAGUAUUUGGGGACCAAAAUGCCCCUAUUCACCCAGAACUGAGUCGGGAGAUCGAAAACAUUUCAAAAUGGAUUAAAGAAAACGGGGAAAACGGUCAUACUGCUAGACUCGUGCUGUGAACGAUGUAUGUCAUGAUAUUCCUUGUGAGGCAAGCCUUUUUCCAUUUGCAACAGAUGCUUCGUUUACAUGUCAAGAACCAGUAGUGACGGAUCAGGCCUGCAUUGUUUCAUGUAAGCGGUGCGGCCCAUCAUGAUAUCAUUCUCGGCCAGCCGGAAUUUACAAGGGAAUCAGAAUCAGCAGAGGAAGAUCAUAUAAUUUAUGUGCCACUAGGUGCGCUGCACGAUUGGCGGGCAGAGGUCAUGGCACAUAUAUUCAAUGCAUUGCAUCAUCAUGUAACUCCAAUCAUUAUGCAC